AUGCUUCCCCGGAAUAACCGUUACACUGUUCCGACGCUAUUCUUCCUCGCAUUGUUCCUUCUCUCUGUCUUCUUCUACUCAUUCUUCUUCUUCAACACAACCACUCUUCAAACACCUCUCUCUUAUAGUUCAGAUCUCUAUAUUCGAGUCAAACCUUCUCCGCUUCUCUCUCCGCCACCGCCACCGCCACCGCCACCGCCGCUAUCCUCCUCCAGCGGUGACGACGCUGUCAGUGUCGCUGAUCACGAAUCUGUUGAUGUUACUGAUUCCGGUAACGUUGAUGAUGCAGCUUUAGGUUUGAAGGGAUGUGAUUUGUAUACGGGAACAUGGGUGGAAGAUGAGAAUUAUCCGAUAUAUGAACCGGGUUCUUGCCCUUACGUUGACGAGGCUUAUGAUUGCAAGAACAACGGAAGGAAUGAUACUCGUUAUACGCAAUGGCGGUGGAAACCUUAUGCUUGUGAUCUUCCUAGGUUCAGUGCCAAUGACUUUUUGGAAAAACUGAGAGAUAAAAACCUAAUGCUGGUAGGAGAUUCUAUGAACCGAAACCAAUUUGAGUCCAUUCUGUGCAUACUUCGUGAAGGCCUACAGAAUAAGAGCAAAAUGUAUGAGAUGCAUGAUCAUAAAAUAACAAAAGGAAGAGGAUACUUUAUUUUCAAAUUUGAGGACUAUAAUUGUACAGUGUCAUUUGUGAGAUCUCAUUUCCUUGUAAAGGAGGGAGUUCGCUUGAAUGCACAAGGGAGUUCAAAUCCUACAUUAUCAAUAGAUCGAAUUGACAAGACAUCUAACCGUUGGAAGAGGGCUGACAUUCUCGUCUUCAACACCGGGCAUUGGUGGGCUCAUGGAAAAACUGCACGAGGAAUAAACUAUUACAAAGAAGGGGAUUAUCUAUAUCCAAAAUUUGAUCAAGUUGAGGCUUACAGAAAGGCUAUAACAACGUGGGGAAAAUGGAUCGACAAUAAUAUCAAUCCAAAAAGGCAGACGGUCUACUAUCGAGGAUAUUCUUCUGCUCAUUUCAGGGGUGGAGAUUGGGACUCAGGUGGAUCAUGCAACGGUGAAACCGAACCGGUUUUGAAUGGUUCCAUCUUGAAUAACUAUCCUUUGAAAAUGAAGAUAGUGGAAGAAGUGAUUCAGAGAAUGAAGAUUCCGGUAAAGUUAUUAAAUGUCACAAGGCUGACUAAUUUCCGCAAGGAUGGCCACCCAUCUGUCUAUAGUAAGAGCUUAGUGGAUGGAAAGAAAGUGUCCACGAGGCGGCAAGACUGCAGUCAUUGGUGUCUUCCCGGGGUCCCUGAUGCAUGGAAUGAAUUAAUUUAUGCCACUUUGGUUUUACAACAAACAAAUUCAAGGAAUUGA